CUCCAGUCUCCAGACGACCAGCCGCCCCGCAAGGUCGAUCUAGGGUUUCUUCUUCUCUGGACGAGCAACACGCCACGCGAAGCAGCUAGAUAUCCCCCACCAGCGUUGAUGGCGGCGGCGGCACCGGCGGACCCGAAGGCGGAGGCCGCCAAGAUGGACCUCCUCGAGGACGACGACGAGUUCGAGGAGUUCGAGAUCGACCAAGAAUGGGAUGACAAGGAAGAUGGUAAUGAAGCUGUCCAGCAAUGGGAGGACGACUGGGAUGAUGAUGAUGUGAAUGAUGAUUUCUCGCUGCAGCUGAGGAAAGAGCUGGAGGAAGGCAGCGCUCCAAAGAACUGAACUACUACCCAAGCAAUGUCAUGCUUGCCUACACUUAUCUUCGUUUAGGCACUGUGUACCCAUUGCUUUCUGAACUGCGAUGGCUUUGUAUCGUACAUGUAGUUAUGUGGCUGUGAGCAGCUAAUUUCUGCAACUGUGAUAGUGGUUCGUGGACAUGGCAAAUCCCAUAAAGAUCUUUGUCCUAGCACUA